AUGAGCGGAGAAUCAUCAAAGGCCGCGCUAGGCAGAAGAAUUGCCGCAACGGUCGCCACAAAUACCUCCGGAACACCGGCUUACGAGUUGCCAUGGUUUGUAAACUCUUUCAUUCUCCGAUAGCUGAACAGAUGGAUGAAUGGAUGGUUAAUUGAUCGAUUGCGCAUCCAUCCAGGGUCGAAAAGUACCGUCCGGUCUUCCUAGAGGACAUAGUCGGCAACAGCGAGACGGUGGAGCGAUUGAAGAUUAUCGGGAAGGACGGGAACAUGCCUCAUCUGAUCAUUUCUGGGAUGCCGGGGAUUGGGUAUGAUACCGUUCACUUCCCCACAGCAUAAUGCUCUAGGAUUGAUUCCGUUUCGCACAGUAAAACCACCUCAAUCUUAUGCCUCGCCAGGGCCCUCCUAGGCGAUACGUACAAAGAAGCGGUACUGGAACUGAACGCCUCGGACGAGCGCGGGAUCGAUGUGGUCCGGAACCGUAUCAAGGGAUUUGCGCAGAAGAAGGUUACUCUCCCACUCGGAAGGCAGAAGAUCGUGAUCCUCGAUGAAGCGGACAGCAUGACGGCGGGAGCGCAGCAGGCGCUCCGUCGCACGAUGGAGAUAUACUCCUCCACGACCCGCUUCGCGUUCGCCUGCAACCAGAGCAACAAGAUCAUCGAGCCGCUGCAAUCCCGCUGCGCCAUCCUCCGCUACUCCCGCCUCACGGACUCGCAGGUGCUCCGUCGCCUGCUCGAGAUAUGCGUCGCGGAGAAGGUGGAGCACUCGGAGGAGGGCCUCGCCGCGCUGAUCUUCUCCGCCGAGGGGGAUAUGCGUCAGGCCAUCAACAACCUGCAGAGCACGGUUGCGGGCUUCGGCUUCGUCAGUGCGGACAAUGUCUUCAAAGUCGUCGACUCCCCGCACCCCAUCGCUGUGCAGGCCCUGAUCAAAGCUUGCUACACCGGAAAGAUAGACGUGGCGCUGGAGAAGCUGGAGGAGCUCUGGGGGAAGGGCUACUCCGCCAUCGAUAUUAUUAGCACCAUGUUUAGAGUCACCAAGACGAUAGAUACCCUCAGUGAACAUUCGAAACUGGAAUUCAUCAAAGUACGCAUUUUUUAUUUAUUUAUAUUUUAUUUCCCCCCACCCCCCUCAAUCAAAGACCUACUUAAUUAACGGACGACAAUAAAUAAAAUAGGUAAUCGGCUUCGCACACAUGCGCAUUCUAGAAGGCGUGAGCACACUCCUGCAGCUAAGAGGGUGCAUCGCGAAAUUGACAAAGAUCAAUAUGCCCCCGGAACUAUUCGUGCCAAAGGAGGAAUCAACAGACGAAUGA